ACGCCACCGUGCUCUGUGACGUCACUGCCGGAGGCGCGCCCCUCCCCCCCAGCGCACGCCGGUGGGGUUUUAACGGCGCGCGCUGCCGGUGCCGGUACCGGCUAUGAGCAAGCGGAAGGCUCCCCAGGAGAGCCCCAACCAGGGCAUCACCGACUUCCUCAUCGAGCUGGCUAACUACGAGCGCAAUGUGAACCGGGCCAUCCACAAGUACAACGCGUACAGGAAGGCGGCUUCUGUCAUCGCGCGGUACCCGAGCAAGAUCCAGAGCGGGGCCGAAGCCAAGAAGCUGGAUGGAGUAGGUGCUAAAAUAGCUGAGAAGAUUGAUGAGUUCUUAUCAACUGGAAAACUACGCAAGUUGGAAAAGAUUCGACAAGAUGAUACAAGUGCAUCUAUCAGUCUCCUGACACGAGUUACUGGCAUUGGUCCUGCUGCUGCUAGGAAGUUUGUUGAGGAAGGAAUUAAGACUUUGGAAGAUUUAAGAAAAAUUGAGCACAAGUUGACUCAUCACCAGCGAAUUGGGUUGAAAUAUUUUGAAGAUUUUGAGAAGAGAAUCCCAAGGGAAGAAAUGCUGCAAAUGCAGGAAAUUGUGCUGAAUGAGGUAAAGAAGCUGGACCCAAACUAUAUUGCUACAGUCUGUGGCAGUUUUAGACGAGGCGCAGAGUCAAGCGGUGAUAUGGACAUUCUCAUAACCCAUCCAAGUUUCACAUCUGAAUCAUCCAAACAGCCAAAACUUCUGCAUCAAGUUGUAGAACAACUGGAAAAAGUCCACUUUGUCACAGAUAUGCUGUCUAAAGGUGACACCAAAUUCAUGGGUGUCUGUCAGCUGCCAAAUAAAGAAGAUGGGACAGCCUAUCCACACAGGAGAAUUGAUAUCAGGCUUAUCCCCAAAGAUCAGUAUUACUGUGGUGUACUGUAUUUCACAGGAAGUGAUAUAUUCAAUAAGAACAUGAGAGCUCAUGCUCUGGAAAAGGGCUUCACAAUCAAUGAGUACACAAUCCGUCCCUUGGGUGUCACUGGAGUUGCUGGGGAGGCCCUGCCAGUCGAAUGUGAAGAAGACAUCUUUGAUUAUAUUGAGUGGAAAUACCGAGAGCCAAAGGAUCGGAGUGAAUAACUGCUUCUCUAGCUUUGUAACCCAGAGAAAGGCUUCCAUAGCUUCUUAUCAAUGUACAAAGUGCACAUGCUUUCUUUGGAUGUUAUUGCAAGAAGUGUACAUUACUGAUGUUUAAAGGAAGUCCAUGGCAGUAGCACAGAAUGUGUAGUGAUGAUUAAAUCUCUCUCCCCUUAAAGCUCAUUAAAACACUGUAUUUAACUGAAUGGGCUGCAAUACUAGAAAAACCUGUGGGGAAAGUGGUGUGGCAGACCCCUUAGAGAAUGCAUGUUGUCUUUUGCUUUAGGAUAUAGUAAAAAAUCUAUUGGAUGAUGAAUCACAGGUUUCUAUUUAAGCAGGAGCAAAAAGUUCUGAUGUAAAGGCAAACUGUUCCAUCUUGCCACCGAUUCUAGUCCUUUCUGCCCUUAAGGGGCAGAGUAUGCAUCUGUAUUGUCAGACUACUGAACCUGACAGGAAUCACAAAACAAAGACAGAUGUCACUGUUUCUUACUGUGAUCUGACUUAAGCCUACAGAACAACUACAUUUUAACUUGUUCUUAUAGAAUUAGUGUUGAUCAGUCUUAGUAAUGGUGAUUACAGAUUGAUACUUCCAUUUUUCCUAUUAUAAGUUUAAUUAUAUUGUGGGAAUGCUUGCAAGCCUUAAUGCAUGCAGUGGUAUGUAAGGUGACUAGAAAUUAACUUGGUACUAUGUGAUGCCUCAUAAAAAAAUAGACAUAUCUGAGGUACUCUGUUUGUUUUCUUCACUAAUCAGUGGAAAUAAACCAAGUGAGAAUUCCAUAA